AUGUCUCCCAGUCUAGAAGGGAUCAUGUUCAACAGGAACACGAACCUGUCGGCGCGACGACCGCUGUUGGCGGAACCGCAAAAGCCUUUAGUGAUCCCACCGCGCGCACCUCCCCGCGACACGAGCUCGCAACGGCCUUUGCCUGCUCCCAGGAACUUACCCACAGAUUACCCAUACGAAUACCGACCGGAUUACUGGAAACCAUCGAACGUCGAACUCGAAAGACGACUGCAGGAGACGCGGGCACGUGAGAAAGUCGGCUACUUUCAAGACAAAGUAGCGCCGCCGGAGCUGAGCUUGGACCGGAGAGAAGCUGAACUAGUUUUUAGGUUCGACCCUCACGCUUCGGCAGAAUACCUGUCCAAUCAGUACCGCGCUCCUACAGUGCAUUAUGCAAAACCUCCGGCGCCUGCCAACGGGAUUGCUAACCGUCUCCCAGAGCGAGACGGGCCCUUUGUGUUUGGCGUGCAUAGCCAGUUUCCCAUCCAACGGAGGGACGAGGACGAUUACGAUUAUUCCGAAGUGGCCGAAGAAAACGGACGAACUGUGAUUCGCGAUGAUGUGUCGGAAGACUUAAAUUGCUGUGAUAAAGUUAACGAGUGGACUGUACGCGAUAAGAAAACCAGGAGGACUUUGAAUCGGAUGUUCCAAAUUAAGGAUAGGAGGAAGGUGAAAGGUGGGAAGAAGGAGAAGAUAAAGUGUGUGUUGGUGGGGGAUGGGGCAGUGGGGAAAAGCUCUUUAAUAGCCGCGUACGCGCAGGAUACGUUCCGGGAAGAGUAUCAACCUACUGCUUACGACACAUUCAACGUUGCCGUAGACGUGGACGACAGACCAGUCUGCGUGGAAAUCUGUGAUACUGCGGGGCAGGACUCCAUGUCCGAGCUCCGCGCGCUGUGCUACCCCGGCACCGACGUGCUGAUGCUGUGCUUCUCCGUGGUGCGUCCGGAGACGUUCCGCUCCGUGGCCGAGCGGUGGACGCGCGCCGUGGCCGGGGUGCAGGCGCCGCUGGUGCUGGUUGGCACCCAGAGCGACCUGGCCUUGGACCCGCGGGUGCUGCAGUCGUUGCGAGCGCGAGGGGAACACCCAGUUACGGAGACGGAGGCCCGAGCACUAGCCGCCAAGAUAAACGCGGUCUACGUGGAGACGUCGGCAAAGACCAGGAAACAACUGAAGGACGCCUUCGACGCCGCCAUCCUGGCUGGCCUGCCAGUGUAUCAGACCAAAAGACCUUUUUGGAAGAGACUAUUUUGUUUAAACUAGCCUAAUGUUGCAACGUCUGACGACGAAGAACUGCAAGACGCUCCGACCAGUUGAUCCAGGCAAUCAGAAGAAUCAUGGCCCGGGAUGGUCGAAACCUAAUAAAUUAUUUGCUGAGUUGGAGAAAACAUACGCUAUAUCUUACGUAAAACUUCACGGGACGACGCAACGGCACGCUCUUGGAGACAGAAGACUCUUCAUAGAGUCUUAUGAAGCUUUACGUUUAUUUAUAAACUGUAUGUUCCUGUAAUUUUACCUACCAGUGGCACUUGUACAUUCUAGUGUUUCUAACUUGGAAGAAGAUAUUAUUCUGAAAAUGAAACUUUGUUAAAAGUUGAAUAAUAUUCUAAACUACCUAAAUAAAGUUAAUAAAAAAAGCCCGAAGCUCCAAUGGGUUUGAAAUUUUGUCUAAAAGAUAUGGUUUGAAAAGUGAAAAGAAUGCCAACAAGCAUGA